CCUGAAACAAAAUAGCCUAAAUCAGAUCUGCUCGAUUACUUAUCGCCUUCUACGCUUCCAGUCCCAAACCAGCGCCUCAUGCGACACUCCGGUCAGGUGGUUACUCCCUAAUGCCCUCCGGCCUUGCCCUCGCUACUCACUCCUCAAUACUCACAUCCACUUCUCGGCCCUUGGCUUCUGUUUCUCCGUCCUCUGAGUAUCCCACGCCAACGCCCUCGCUCCUCUCCCUGUCUCCCUCACACUCCUCUCACCUAACCUCAGCCUCGCCGGAAGCCUGCUCGCCCCUCAGUCAGGUUUAAAGGAAUUGAAGGCGUGUAGUUUGGGACAGUUGACAGUGGCAGUGUUUGUUAGUUUGUAUUUGUUAUUAGCACUUUGGCAGUUAGACUUCGAAAAAACUUUCUGACAAGUAAACGGUUGUAGCUGAGGUUGCAUACGGAUAUAAACUCCAGCGGUGAUGGACUGAAUUUGUUCUUCUACAUGGAGGGAUGCCAUUACAUUUGCAAGAAUGGAUGUUCGGAAUCUGAACUAAUAGCUCUCUCCUGUAGACAUGAAGAGGUGUUCAAUCCUUCUUUCGAAUUGCAAUCCUCGACGAUUGUGUUAUCAUGAACAAUUAGGUUCUACCCUGAACCAUCUCUUUAUCUUCUGCUAUUCAAGUAAUUCUUUGGUUGAGAGGUUAAAUCCUUCUCGUCCAACCAGUACCAGACCCUUCCCUGAUUAUUCUCCAAAAAAGCCCUCCAUAAGAGAUACUGAACUUGUCUAUCAGGUGUCAAUUACUGUUAAGCAACGCCGUUAUGAGACCCUUCGUCGUACUUUAAAGUCAUUUGAAUCGAAGAUCAGGUCUGAUCAUUUUGUUUGGGUUCUCAUGAGCAUAAGGAAUGAUUACAAACUAGUUCUGGAUUUUUAUAACUGGUGGUGCGUACGUAGGAACCCAUCACUUGAAGCCCGUUGUAUUGUUGUUCACAUUGCCACAUCUUCUGAAGAUACAAAGAUGGCACGUGAACUUAUCCGUGAGUUUUGGAUUAAACCCAGUUUAGACAUUGAUCUUUCAUUUGUUCACUUUUUAGAAAAACUAAUAUACACUUACAAGGAUUGGGGUUCUAAUCCUUAUGUUUUUGACAUUUUCUUCCAAGUCCUUAUUGAAGUAGGCUUCUUAGUCUAUGCAAGGAAGUUUUUUGAUAAGAUAUUGAAUUAUGGUAUAGUUUUAUCUGUUUGUUCAUGUAACCUAUAUCUUUCCUCUCUAUCAAAUAGCAAUGGUGGGCACAUAAUGGCUUUGAAGGUUUUUAGUGAAUUUUCUAAUUUGGGGGUCGCUUGGGAUACUGAAUCACAUAACAUAAUGGUUCACUCACUCUGCCGAAUAGGAAGAGUGAAAGAAGCCCAUAACCUACUCCUGCAAAUGGAACUGAGGGGAUGCAUCCCUGAUGUUGUAAGUUACAGCACUGUGAUUAAUGGGUACUGUACUGCUGGAGAACUGGAACCAGUGUUGAAGGUCAUAGAAGAGAUGCAAGGAAAGGGACUUAAACCAAACAAACAUACUUUUAACAGCAUAAUUCUUCUUUUGUGUAAGACUGGUAAAGUAUCAUAUGCAGAGGAGGUCCUUAGGGAGAUGAUAUCACAGGGAACUACCCCAGAUAAUGUAGUUUACACUACUCUCAUUGAUGGCUUCUGCAAAGCUGGGGUUGUAACUGCUGCAUACAGAUUGUUUAAUGAAAUGCAGUGUUUGAACAUCAUUCCUGAUUUGGUAGCGUAUACUGCCCUUAUCUGUGGUCUGUGUCAAACUGGAAAGUUUGCAGAAGCAUAUAAGCUCCUGCAUGAUAUGCUUGACUGUGGGUUGGAACCUGAUGAGUUUACUUACACCACACUUAUAGAUGGUCACUGCAAAGUGGGUGAGGUCCAGGUUGCCUUUUCUCUUCACAACCAAAUGGUUCAGAUGGGAUUGGUGCCAAAUGUUGUCACUUAUACUGCAUUGGCUGAUGGGCUUUGUAAACAGGGGGAACUUGAUAUGGCAACUGAGCUUCUUCAGGAGAUGUGUCGAAAGGGACUUGAGUUAAACAUUUAUACUUACAAUUCACUUAUUAAUGGUCUUUGUAAAGCUGGAAAUAUUGUGCAAGCAUUAAAACUGAUGAAAGAUAUGGAAGCAUCAGGUAUUCCGCCUGAUACUUUUACCUAUACCACUCUAAUGGAUGCUUAUUGUAAAUCAGGAGAAAUAGCCAAGGCUCAUGAUCUUUUGCGUGAUAUGCUGUGCAGUAGGAUUCAACCCUCGAUUGUUACAUUUAAUGUUUUGAUCAAUGGGUUUUGUACCUCAGGGAUGCUGGAAGAGGGUGAGAAACUGCUGGGAUGGAUGGUGGAGAAAGGUAUAAUGCCAAAUGCCACCACUUACAAUUCUCUAAUGAAGCAACAUUGCAUUAGGAAUAAUAUGCGUGUUGCCGCAGAAAUUUGCAAGGGAAUGUGUAGUAAAGGAGUUAUGCCAGAUGGUAAUACCUAUAACAUAUUGAUACGAGGACAUUGCAAAGGGAGGAAUAUGAAGGAGGCCUGGUAUCUACAUAAAGAAAUGGUUGAGAAGGGAUAUAAACCAACAAUUGAUACAUAUCAUGCGCUCAUUAAGGGUUUCUUGAAGAGAAAAAAGUUCUCUGAAGCAAAAGGAGUUUUUGAAGAGAUGAGAAGAGAGGGCUUGUCUACAGAUAAAGAAUUAUACUGCAUCUUUGCAGAUAUGAGAUUUGAGGAAGGGGAUUUUGACAGGGCUCUUCAAAUCUGUGAUGAAGCAAUAGAAAAGUGUCUCAUAAACAAGACCAAUGAUUGGGUCACAUAAUUUUAUCUUCGAAUCCAUGUUGGAAUAUUCUGAAGAAACAUUUUCAAUCCUAUUUGCUCUUGUGCAGAGCAUUCAGAUUCCUCCACUGGGCUGCCAUGAUUGGAGAUAUGAGAAAUCAUGGAAGCGGAAUUUUUUGGUGAUAUUGUUAUAGUGCCUUACAUGGAUAAUUAUGAUCUCGUGGUAUUGAAGACUGGCAAUCUGCGAAUAUGGGGUCCGUACAGUUGCUUCAAAGUAUAUAAUGAAGUGUGACGAUGACACAUUUGUACGGAUAGAUGCUGUCAUGAAUGAAGUUUAGAAAAUUCGUCAUGGCAGAAGCCUGUAUAUUGGAAACAUCAAUCACUACCAUAAGCCACUGCAAAAUGGUAAAUGGGCAGUCACCUAUGAGGAAUGGCCAGAAGAAGAUUACCCACCCUACGUGAAUGGGCCUGGUUAUGUCAUCUCGUCUGAUGUUGCGGAGUCCAUUGUCUCUGAUUUUGAGCAACAUAAGUUGAGGUUGUUGAAGAUGGAGGAUGUGAGCAUGGGAAUGUGGGUAGAGACUAGAGAAGUUCAACAAUUUGAGGUCGGUGGAGUAUGUUCACAGCUUGAAGUUCUGCCAGUUUGGAUGCUGCUGCAUUGAAGACUAUUACACCGCGCACUAUCAAUCCUCCAAGCAAAUCAUCUGCCUCUGGGGAAAACUGCAAAGCCAAGGGAAAGCCCACACUCGAAUAAUGUGUUUUGCCAAUUCUGCACUUGAAUAAGAGUUUUUGCCAAUCUCGCACUUGAAUAAUAAAUUUUUAUACAAAAUUAAGUGAAAAAUGAAUACUAACUAUAUUAUAUACCAUGGUCAGGUUCAGGUACGGUGGAAUACUAUUACAUGUUCGAUCAUUUUUAUUUUUAGUAUAUAUAUUGAUUAUUCAA